AUGGCCGCUAAUAACAAUGAGAUUGUGAUAUCCACACUGCGAGACAUGGCUUUUAGGAUAGCUCUAAGUGAGAAACGACCGAAGAACUUGACAGAAAAGGAGAUGCUCACUUAUGAUUACUUCGGAUUCCCAGUUGCUACUAAAAUCUACAACAUGCGGACCAACAGGGGCGUGGAUAAGUCAUUAACAAGGCUGUGCCGAAUUGAGUUGGUAGCACACCUCGACUUAUCGCUCGACAAUACUCAAUAUGCGGAAAUAAAAGUGCGUCUAACCGAUGCUGCUACAUUGUAUAAGUCACGUGGGUAUAGUCUGACUCAUAUGAGCCUGAUUGUGAGUGGAACUAGAAAUUAUCCAACCAGUUGUACUAAAACUAUCGCCGACAAUUACAGAAACCUCAAAUGUCUCAAAUUGGUUGGAAUAACGAUGAGAAAUAGGGAUAUCGAUGCAAUUUGUGGGCGCUUCCCGAACCUUAUUCAACUGGAUAUCAGUGGGACCAAAAUUCCAAAGAUCACCAAAAUGGCUUCAAUGACGAGUCUGAAGUUCCUUAUCAUGAAAGAUAUCAUAGAGUGUCCGCGUGAAACUUGGAUAAAUCUGGAGAGUGCUCCUCAAUUGGAAUAUCUAGAUAUAUCACAACAAACAUCUAAUUGUCUAGAUGUCACUCAAGAUUUCUUGUCUUCUAGAGCAGUUCUGAGGAGGCUUAAAACUUUGGAUUGUUCAAAAACCAGAGUUACUAAAGAAUGUUUAACUCAACUGAAAAGAAGACAUGAAGCCUUGAAAACUGUUGUUGUUCUGGAAGUUGAAGCGAUGAAAUCAGUUGAUAUCGAUGGCCUCUUUCUUGUGAACACUGCGACUCUAAGACAAUCUGUGGAAGCGAUGAAAUACUGUACACGGUUAAGACGUAGCUCAGAUCUCACAAUAGUUCUCAGAGAGAUUAUCGAGUGGAACUUGGUAGAUUAUCCAAAUGAAAUUCUCAGUGAUAGAGCGGAUGACUAUCUCUAUUGGAUCCACAGAAUUAUUGAUGAAUUUUCGGGAGAGAAUGACAUCAUUCAACAAUGCGUUUUCUUUUGGUAUGAGUUGUGCAGCCGUGUUGUUGCCUUCGAGACUGACAUGAAUCGAUUCGUCAAUCACAUGCUCCUGGCGAUGAGCAUGUUCGAGCCCUCCACUCCGCACCCUAUUCAUUCAUGUUUGUGGGAAACGAUGAAAUUUGGAUCACAAUCAGAUGCUUUCAAGGUGGAUCUCAACCUUUUCUGUUAUAUGUCAGCUUGCUAUAUACACGCUCUGUGGAACAAAAGUGUUAGCUUAAAAAGUACCUCAGUUUGUUUGAGAGGCGUUGAACCAGCUAUUGAAGUGAUGCUGAUAUGUACAAAAAUAGCGAAACAAGAAUUCGAUCCGUCACGAAAAGGCACCCCGUUGGCAGAUCGUUAUCUGGAUUUAUUCUUCAAAGAAUUAUUCUGGUUUCUCGACGUACACAGUGGAAUAGUCAGAGAGUAUGGAUAUUGUGAAGCAUAUUCGAUGAUAUGCACUGUUUUCAUACGAUUUCUGCGCCGAAGUGUAGAAUUACGAAAGAAACUGUUUGGCAUUACGGGAGGUAUUGAACGACUACUGGGACAUUUGAGAGCGAUGAGAACCGAAGAAGUUUUGGGAAAAAUGACAACUCAAAAACAGGACAUACCCAAAGUACUAAGAAAAGUGACUAAAAUGAUAAGAGAGAUCUGUAUACUUCCUGAUAUCACGGGUCUCGAGAGAAAAAUCUUCAAUACACUGUUAUUAACAAAUAUAAUGAACGAUAAAAAUACCGACGUGAAUAAUGAGUUCUAUGUUGCAUCGAUUUGUUCUACCUAUGCAUUCUGUCUGGAAUUAAAAGGAGUUGAAAGCGCGGAAGAAGACAUGAUUAAGUAUUUGAACGCCCGUGCUCUCAGAUUGAGUGAAAAAUUCGAAUUUACAUCCUGCAUUGUGUAUGCAUAUCUUGAGAAUACAAUUAUUCAGGAAAUCCUUCAGCACUCGAAGAUAACCGGUGUUGUUGGUUGGGCAAUGGAGGUGAUUGCGAUGCUCAUCUUUGAAGGACAUAAACCCUCUCUUUCAUAUAAACCUUCUCUUCCUCCUCUACUUCCAUUUGUUCAAAACUAUAAGACUGAUGAUAAUGUAUUAUUGAAGAUAAAGGCACAUGUGCUUGAAAUGGCGGAGAAAUAA